AGCUCUGAGCACCAGCCAAAUACAAGGCAGGGAGGUGUGGUGGGUAAGGCAGUGGGUGGGCUUUGGAGAGACGUGGGCCCGAGUGCAAAUCCUGCCUCUGCUACUUCCUAGACAUGUGACGUUGGUCAAGUUACUUCAGCUUGCUGUGCUUCAGUUUCCCGUGUAAAAUGGAGAAGGUAGCUGUUACUUGACUUGGUGUGGGGAAAUAAAAGGAAUAAAGGCCAACCCCACUUCGAGGGAUCAUGACAUAAUGCCAGGAAGUGGGAGUUGAAGUGACCUGGGUGAUUCUGAGUGAGUUGGUCAGGGAGGCCUUCCUGGAGGAGGUGAGUCCUUAGUACUUGACUAAGCUGCUAACACUGUUGUUUCUUUGGGGGAAGGUUACAUUCCUUUAUUUUCCUUUUUUUUUUUCUUUUUUCACAAUCUCUCUACCCACUGAGCCCUCUGGCAACCCUCCCCACUCCCCCUCCAGCUGUCAGCCAGGUCUCUAUGAGACUGUCUCCAUGUCAGGGAAGUGUGGCCUACAGGACAGGUUGACACUGUCAUGGCAGACACUUCCCAUCCUGUUGGACUCCGUUUGUGCUUAGCUGGGGCAGUUCCAGGGUUUCUGGGGUGUCUAGCUCCAGCAGAACUCCUUGUGCUAGCCCAGCAUAGCUCAACGCCUGGAGCAGAAAACUCCUUCUACAACGAAUCCCCAUUUCCUCCUGAAGCCUUCUGCAAGCCCACAGGGAUCUCUGCCUUUUCCAGCUGGGCGCUCACUGUCUGUGCUAGUGUUUUAAUGUUACUACUUUUAGAAUAGGUAAUCAGGUUCAAAGUGCAAAAGGGCAUUCAGUGAAAGAUGUUUUUCCUGCUCCGUCUCCUCCCAGCCAGGUGCUACCUAGACCCAGUGGUACCAGUUUUUGUCCUCCAGCUAGACCCUAAAAUCCCGUGGGGAAAGCAAUCCUCUCAUACCUCGUGCCCCAGCUGGACUGAACUGUCCCAGCUGAACUGAACUGUCCCAGGGGGGUUUAUCUAGCACCACAGCCUCCCUCCACCAUCAGCACUGUUGUGGUCUUGAGUCACAUCCCAAGCCCCUCUUAAGUGGCCAUACAGCUGCCAAUCAGGCCCAUCUCCUAGGUGCCCUCCCCCAGCGAUCACGUGGUCCUUCCUACAGUACCAUGCUCCCUCUAACCCUGGGUUGCUCCUCAUACUUCAGGUCGGUGGCAGGCUGCUUGGCAUGAUGACUUGGUGGCAGCUGCCUCCCCAGGCCCAUCCUCUGCCACUUCCAUCAGACUUCAUUCUCCCACAAACCCAUUUGCCUGCUGUUCUCUGACUGGCUGUGCCGCCUCCUGCCUCUAGGCUUUCCGUGUGUGCUCACUUCGCCUGGCUAGCUCCUGCUUGUGGGCUCGGGCCCCAAGGUGUGGACGCCACAACACAUCAAGCUAUUUCCAGGGCCGGGCCCAGCACUAGAGCUGACUCAGCUGGGGUCCCCACUGGUUCCAGAGGAUGAGACUCUUCCGCAGACGCCACAUGCCCCUGCGCCUGGCCAUGGUGGGCAGCGCCUUUGUGCUCUUCCUCUUCAUCCUGCAGAGGGAUGUAAGCAACAGGGAACAGGCCACAGAGAAACCGUGGCUGAAAUCCUUGGUGAGCCAGAAGGACCACGUCCUGGACCUCAUGCUGGGAGCCGUGAACAACCUCAAGGAUUCGAUGCCCAAGCUCCAGAUCAGGGCUCCAGAGCCCCAGCAGGCACUGGUCUCCACAAACAAGUCCUGCCUCCCUGGGUUCUAUACCCAGGCGGAACUGAAGCCCUUCUGGGAACGGCCGCCACAGGACCCCAACAGCCCUGGGGCAGACGGGAAAGCAUUUCAGAAGGACAAGUGGACCCCGCUGGAGACCCAGGAAAAGGAAGAAGGCUAUAAGAAGCACUGCUUCAAUGCCUUCGCCAGUGACCGGAUCUCCCUGCAGAGGGCUCUGGGGCCCGACACUCGACCCCCUGAAUGUGUUGACCAGAAGUUUCGGCGCUGCCCACCACUCCCCACCACCAGCGUCAUCAUUGUGUUUCACAACGAGGCCUGGUCCACGCUGCUGCGGACGGUGUACAGCGUCCUGCACACCAGCCCUGCCAUCCUGCUGAAGGAGAUCAUCCUGGUGGACGAUGCCAGCACUGAGGAGUAUUUAAAGGAGCAACUGGAGCAGUACGUGAAGCAGCUGCAGAUCGUGAGGGUGGUGCGGCAGGAGAAGCGGAAGGGGUUGAUCACCGCCCGACUGCUGGGAGCCAGUGUGGCACAGGCAGAGGUGCUCACCUUCCUGGACGCCCACUGUGAGUGCUUCCAUGGCUGGCUGGAGCCCCUCCUAGCUCGCAUCACCGAGGAUGAGACGGCGGUGGUGAGCCCAGACAUCGUCACCAUUGACCUUAACACUUUUGAGUUCUCCAAGCCCAUCCAGAAGGGCAGAGUCCACAGCCGGGGCAAUUUUGACUGGAGCCUGACCUUCGGCUGGGAGACUCUACCUGCACAUGAAAGGCAGAGGCGCAAGGAUGAGACCGACCCAAUCAAGUCCCCGACGUUUGCUGGUGGCCUCUUCUCCAUCUCCAAGUCCUACUUUGAGCACAUCGGUACCUAUGAUAAUCAGAUGGAGAUCUGGGGAGGGGAGAACGUGGAAAUGUCCUUCCGGGUGUGGCAGUGUGGGGGCCAGCUGGAGAUCAUCCCCUGCUCUGUGGUCGGCCACGUGUUCCGCACCAAAAGCCCCCACACCUUUCCCAAGGGCACCAAUGUCAUUGCUCGCAACCAAGUGCGCCUGGCUGAGGUCUGGAUGGAUAAUUACAAGGAGAUUUUCUACCGGAGAAAUAUACAGGCAGCAAAGAUGGCCCAAGAGAAAUCCUUCGGUGACAUUUCUGAACGACUGCAGCUGAGGGAACAACUACACUGUCGCAACUUUUCCUGGUACCUGCACAAUAUCUACCCAGAGAUGUUUGUUCCUGACCUGAAGCCCACCUUCUAUGGAGCUAUAAAGAACCUUGGCAUCGAUCAGUGCCUGGACGUGGGCGAGAACAACCGUGGGGGGAAGCCCCUCAUCAUGUACCCCUGCCACGGCCUCGGCGGCAACCAGUACUUUGAGUACACAACCCAGAGGGACCUUCGCCACAACAUUGCAAAGCAGCUGUGUCUACACGCCAGCGCUGGCACUCUGGGCCUUCAGAGCUGUCAGUUCACUGGCAAAAACAGCCAAGUCCCUAAGGACGAGGAAUGGGAAUUGACCCAGGACCAGCUCAUCAGAAAUUCAGGAUCUGGUACCUGCCUGUCGGCCAAGGACAAAAAGCCUGUCAUGGCCUCCUGCGAUCCCAGCGACCCCCGCCAGCACUGGCUCUUCAUCUAGGCCGCAGAUCACCCUGGUGGGAGUUCCCACGAGCCUCUCAGGACACAGGGUUUUGGGGCCCCUGAUACUUGGGAACCCACUCAUCAGCUUCUCUGUAGGCCUUAAAGAUGGAGUUCUAAACCUAAUUUUAGAUGUCAAGGCAGGACCUCCUACUCCUUGCAGCGAUGUGGGGCCCAUUUUCUUUACGCUGAUGAAGAGACCGUGAGAACAUGUCAUCAUGGCCCUGAGCUUUCCCUCUGUCCUAGAUACAGACUCCCAAACAGAGAGAGCUCCUGGGACAGGGCCCGAGGCAGCAGUGCCGAAUCCAAGAGAAGGACUCCUGCAGCCACGUCCUGCACCCCUGGUCACGUAGCGCACCCACAGAACCUGGUGACACCGUAUACUCCUCUGUUAGGGGUCUACGAGCGUCUCCUUUGCUUAUCAUACCCCAAGUCUGUAGAGCCGUUUAUGGAAAGCGCCCUGACAGGAAUCCUUUAUCUUACUUCAUCUGACAAUAACUCUGUGAGAAGGGCAGAACAGGAACCUGCAUGCUCACUUUACAGAGAAGGAAGCUGAGGCAGAGAGGGGUGAAGGAGGUAGCCUCUCAGCUAGUGGAUGGCUGGAGCCAAGGCUGGGGAUUGAACACAGAACCAGGGCGCCUUCCACCACACCACGAGAACACUAAACAACUAGCCAUCAGCCUGCCCAUUCUCUCUUCUCUCCCUUCUGGUCCUGUCUGGCUAGCUGGUCUCCAUAAAGCUUAGAACAGUGGAGCCGGGUAGCCUGGAGGGAGCCAUAACGCUCAUGGAGCCAGUGAUUCUCAGGUUUAAGUCCCAGAACCCUAUUUGUACUGCCCCACGUGUAAUGUGAUGAAGGGCAAAGCAGCCCUGGGUGAAACUGAGGGUGGACGAGGGCAGUGCCCAUCAGCCUCUGAACUUCUAAAAUACUCUAAGACAGUUUGAAAACUGUCAUUUUAGCUCAGGCUUAUCACUUUCCUAUUAUAAAACCGAGGGCAAACAAGUGAAGUAAUUUGCCCAAGGCCACAUAGCAAGGCAUUGGCAGCCCUGAGGGAGGGCCCAGAUAAGGCCCACAAGAGCCUUGGGAGCCUGAGGAAUCAGGGACAGUGUAUACUCCACACGUGACUGUGUUACUGGCUUUGUCUGCUGUGCUCACAUGAAGUCCCCACGUGGACCACUCCUGACAAGGCCUGUCAGCUCUUUUUCCAGCAACUCCGACUCCACACACACAGACACAAGUUCUUCCAGGUCUUUCAGUAGCAGGCUGUCAUCUCAGGCAUCGCCACGUGAGGGCGCCAUGGGACCACAGCUGCCUCUCCUUCCCAGCAACUCAUUACUGCAAGUCGCCUAAGCUCCCUGAAGAGCCCUGCCAGAGGAAACACUUUGGAGUAGCCCACCCAAAGGAGGAAGGCAUAGCCUCUCCCAGGAUGUGGCCUGGAGUGGGAAAGAGGAAAGGUCUUCUGAAAGAGAAGAGAGUUGGACGUGAGAUCCCCAGGGAAAUAAAGGUUUUAUGAUAUUGGCAUUGGAUUCUUCUUCGCCCUUUAUUGUUCCUUCGCUGAUCCUUUUGGAGAACUAAUUGAUUCAGGCUGCGAAGAACUACACACAUCUGAAAAGUUCUGUCACAGCCACUGGCUCUUGUUCCCAAACAACCCCUGGCCCCCAGCUGAGCCUCCAUACUGGGUGUCAAGGCCAUGUAGACCUGAGGAGUUGUAGAAUGGGGCUCUUCCCCUGUGGAACUCACACUUGAGCUGGGGAAGCAGAGAUGUAAGCAAGUGGUGGAGUGUUCAGAGAUAUGCUAGCUGACUUAGAACAAUUCCUCCCACUUCGGGGAAUCAGGGAAGGCCUUACAAAGAUGGUGACAUUUGACUUGAGACCUCAAAGGAUGAGUCCUCAGGUGGGAAGGAUUCAAUGAGCAAAGACUUCAUA